ACAAAAAGAUUUAACGAUUAAGGUAUACUAAAUAAAUUUGUUUGGGUUGGAGUGGGCUGAAUCGCCGAGACACUGAAAGCCCAAAAUCUCUUCAGCAGCUGGCCACGGCCUACAGCCUACAGUCAAUCACCCAUAAACCUAGAACUUCUGCUCUGCUACACUGUUAAACCCUAAACAAAACCAAGUAAACCUCAUUUCUUAGUUUCCCGUUCUCACACAACAAUAUACAAAUUUGUUCAAAGAUGCAAUCUCAGCUUCGACAAUGAGGCUAAUCUCAACAACUCUAUGUUUCUUCACCAAAAUGUUUCUAUCCCUCAGCAGUCUCUUCCACAUCAACCGCAGAAUACCUGUCAGAGUAAGCCACCCCUUUUCUCUCUUUCAAAACGCUCAUCACCUCACCUUUUCUCCACCAUCCAAUGACUCUCUUAUUGUCUGCCCUUUUAUUUUAUUCACUAGUUUCUUCUACGUGAUCAAGUUCCCUUAUGGGACCAAGUCUAAGAGUAAUACCAACGUUUUUUUAGAUGAUUUCAAUAGGGAGUCCAUGUGUAAAAUCAUUCGACAAGACGCAUGGAAUGAUCCAAAGAUUGCAACUUCGAUUAAUUCAAGCUUGGCACCUAUUUGGGUAUCUAAGAUUUUGGUUGGUUUGAAACAGGACCCUCAACUGGCAUUGAAAUUCUUCAAAUGGGCGAAAACCCAGAAAGGGUUUAGCCCUACAAGUGAAUCUUAUUGUAUAUUGGUGCACGUUUUGUUUCAUGGUAGAGUGUAUUUUGAUGCUACUGCUGUUCUUAAGGAAUUCAUUUUGUCAAGGCGGGGGGUAGUGUUGCCAGGUUGUGAUCCUUUUGAUGUUCUGUGGUCUACAAGGAAUGUUUGUGGAUAUGGGUUUGGGGUGUUUGAUAGUUUGUUUAGUGUGUUGGUUGAUUUGGGAAUGUUUGAGGAGGCUAGCCAAUGUUUUUCAAAAAUGAAGAGGUAUAGAGUUUUGCCUAAAGUUCGUUCUUGUAAUGCUCUUUUACAUAGGCUUUCCCAGUCAGGGAGGAGGGACCGAUCUAGGAGGUUUUUGGAGGAAAUGGUUGGGGCUGGCAUUGCUCCAUCAGUAUUCACAUAUAAUAUAGUGAUAGAUCAUAUGUGCAAAGAAGGGGAACUGGACACUGCAAGAAUGUUAUUUGGACAAAUGAAACAGAUUGGCGUCACGCCGGAUAUUGUCACAUAUAACUCCCUAAUCGAUGGAUAUGGAAAGGUGGGAUUAUUGGAUGAAGUGCUUUUCUUAUUUGAAGAGAUGAAGAAUGUAGCGUGUGAGCCUGAUGUAAUUACAUACAAUGCCUUAAUAAACUGCUUUUGUAAAUUUCAGAGGAUGCUUCAGGCUUUUGAAUUUUUUCGUGAAAUGAGGAAUAAGGGGUUGAAACCAAAUGUUGUUACUUAUAGCACAUUAAUUGAUGCUUUUUGCAAGGAAGGGAUGAUGCAACAAGGGGUUAAAUUCUUAGUUGAUAUGAGGCGGCUUGGUCUUUUACCCAAUGUCACUUAUACUUCUUUAAUUGAUGCAAAUUGUAAAGCUGGCAAUCUAACUGAAGCAUUGAAGCUGGCUAAUGAGAUGUUGCAGGCAAAUAUUGACUUGAACAUUGUUACAUAUACAACUAUAAUCGAUGGUCUUUGUGAAGCAGGGCGAACAAAGGAAGCAGAGGAAAUUUUUAGGGCAAUGCUGAAAGCUGGAUUAACACCUAAUGUGCAAAUUUAUACUGCCCUUGCUCAUGGCUAUAUGAAAGUUAAGAAGAUGGAGUAUGCCUUGAAUCUUUUGAAAGAAAUGAAGGAGAAAAGCAUUAAACCUGACCUGUUGUUUUAUGGAACUGUUAUUUGGGGACUAUGCUAUCAGGAUAAGAUAGAAGAAACUAAACUUGUCUUGGGUGAAAUGAAGGAAUCUGGACUGAGUCCAAAUCCUGUCAUAUACACUACAGUCAUGGAUUCUUAUUUUAAGGCAGGAAAAACCACUGAGGCACUGAAUCUACUAGAAGAAAUGUGGGACCUGGGUAUUGAAGUUACAGUUGUGACUUUUUGUGUAUUGGUUGAUGGCUUGUGCAAAACAGGACUGGUUCUAGAGGCAAUUAAUUAUUUCAAUAGAAUGCUGGAGUUCAAUUUGCAACCUAAUGUCGCAGUUUAUACGGUAUUGAUUGAUGGCCUCUGUAAGAAUAAUUUCAUUGAAGCGGCCAAAAAUAUGUUUGAUGAAAUGCUAAGCAAAAAUUUGGUUCCAGAUAAAACUGCUUACACUGCUUUGAUAGAUGGAAAUUUAAAGCGUGGAAAUUUUCAAGAAGCUUUGAAUCUGUUGAACAAAAUGAUUGAAAUGGGCAUGGAGCUUGAUUUGCCAGCUUACACUUCCCUGGUUUGGGGGUUUUGCCAAUGUGGUCAGUUACAGCAAGCAAGAAAAUUUCUGGAUGAGAUGAUAAGCAAGCAUAUCCUUCCUGAUGAGAUUCUUUGCAUUGGUGUAUUAAGGAAGUACUAUGAGCUAGGACAUGUUGUUGAAGCCAUUGAGUUGCAAAAUGAAAUGGCUAAGAGGGGUUUAAUUACUAGCCUCAUCCAUCAUGCUGUUCCAAGUGUACAAACGUAAGGUCUAAUUGUUUGGUCAUUCAUAAUUUGUUCAAUCUGUGUAGAAAACUUGAAUCAGUGGACAGGGAUGUACCAUAAUAAAGAAUAGGAACCUGAGUCAUUCCUUGUUGUGAGAAUGCAAACAUAUUUGAGCAGGUUUGCUGAUAAAGAAUCCUUCCAGAGUCAUUCUUUAGUGAUGCAAAACCUGCGACCAGAAGAUGUUUCCUUUUGGAGUCAAAUCAGCUUUUGGUGCACCAUGCUUACCCAGAUCAAAUCUUCCAUACAUUGAUGGUGUCUGGAACGAACGAUUUAUCCUUCGUAGAAACUGAAAUUUUCCAUGCAUAAUUACUCUGAUUUGCUCCAGGAUUAUGUGCAUUGAAGGCAACAGAGAUAGUGAAGCAGAAAGCCGCACAGACAGUGGUCGAUACCGCGUCAGGUUUCUGGGGCCGCUGCAUCUUGGAGCCAUUUGAACAUGUUAAAACACCAAAUAUGAUUUUAUCAAAAGUUUGAAUAGUUUGCAAAAUUCUUUUGAAUUUUAUUCUUUUCACAGAUAUGUCA